GGAGAAGCAUCAUUGAAUUUCGAGCGGUUGUCCAUUUGAAUCAUCCGUAUCCGGAUUACCUCAGCGGGGAGAUAGUAGAUGGGUCUGCAGACCCACCUCCCUGGAGAGCUGGUGUUUUCCUGGUGUAAAAGUAAGGUGAUUGGAAUCCAGAUAUUUUUGUUGCCGGCUGGAAGGUGCAGCCCCUGACUUUUCAAUACCCCAUUUGUUGUUGGUGAUGGGCUGAGCCACUGGGGAGCAAUCCAUUGAGUUAGAUCUGGUUUCCCUGAAGGAAGUGGGUCCUUUAUGGCCCAACGCUUUUAAUUAACCUCGUGCUUUGUGAAAAUGGGCCCCAGAAAAGUGGGAACCUGGAGGACCCAGAAGAGUAGACCAUUCUCCUCUAUUGCACUCUCAAAAGUUUUCAUUUUGUAAGCAGUAUACGUAUGCUUUUUCUUUGUUCUUUUUCUCCUGCUUCCUGGCUCUUUUUUAAAUACAUGAAAUUAAGGAGGCAGAGGGUUUGACUUGAUACAGCCAGUUUGCCUUUGCACACCCACCUUCAGUAAAAUCUGAGCUGAUCUGGCAAAUAGUUUAUUUUUUAAGUAAUACACGCAUAGAGAACGAAAAGAUACACACACACAUAUGUAGUGCAGUAUGUGUUCCACCCCUGCCAAGGGGGAGGCAACCAUUGUUAACAGUUUAAUUCACUUGUUUUUAAUACCACAUUAAAUACUGUGUAGUUCUCAUUCAUCUGUCCACUGUAUAAAUCAUCAAGCAUGGAUGUUUGCAGGAACUUACUAAACAACAAGGCAUGUAAAUAUUCCAAUUGUUACGUAGAAGGAUUUUGCCUAGAACUUUGAUUAUUAAGUACGUAAAAUUCUGACAUAUUAUCUGAAAAGGAUAAUGCUAUUUUUGCAGAUCAUCCUUAAUAUAUAAUUCACAUAUCAUAAUAUUCACCCUUUAAAAGUAUGCAAUUCAGUAGCUUUUAGUAUAUUUGCAAGGUUGUGUGGUUAUUGCCACUGUCUAUCUAGUUCCCUUUUCAUCCACCUAAAAGGAAACCCUGUAUCCAUUAGCAGUCACUCCCCAUUCUCCUUUCCCCGCAGUUCCUGGUAACCACUACCAGUAAUCUAUUUUCUGCCUUCAUGUACAUUUGCCUAUUCUGGAAUCUUGAUGUAGAUGGAAUUAUGCAAUAUGUAGUCUUUUAGGCUGGCUUCUUUUCACCUAGCAUCAUGUUUUCAGGCUUCAUGCACGUUGUAGCGUGUAUCAGUACCUUGUUCCUUUUCAUGACUGAAUAAUAUUCCUUCGGAUGAAUAUACCACAUUUGUUUAUCCAUUCAUCAGUUGAUGGAUAUUUGAGUUGUUUUUACAUUUUGGCUAUUAUAAGUAAUGUUGCUAUCCUUAAUGUGGAUUUGUAUGAAAGAAGUCAGAAUCUCCAAAGUCGUGAAAAGACAGUUGCUCGGUUUAGUGGGUUUUUAUAGUACUUUUCCUCAUUCAUUUUUCAGACUCUCUUGGAAGCAUAGGUUUUCAUGAUUCUGAAUGUUAGCCGCUGAAAAUGCCGGUAGACAAUGAAGCAUCUGAAGAUGACUCGGAUUCAGUUCCUUCAAACAGUGCGAGAACCUGUAUUUUCAAAUAAGAAAGUAUAACAAUUUCUUUACACUAUGGAAGAUUUUGACUUGGUGAAAACUUUACAAAAGACUUCUCCAUCUUCUGUAGAAUCUGAUGUACAAAAUUCUCCCCAUUUUCUGGGUCUGAACUUAAAUACUAAUAGGUAAGAAUGAGAUAGAUAUUAUUUAAUGUAACAACAAAUCAGAAGAACUUUAUUGGCAUAGUUUACCAAUUCAUCCAAAUAGUGUCAUAGUUACUGAUUUGCAUUAAAAAAAAUUAUUAUCAGGAACUGUUCAGGGACAGUUAUUUAAGUUAAGAAUAGUUUUUGCCCCUCCGUGUUUUUGAUUUCUCCCAGAGAGAUGUAUUUUUACAGAGGAAACAUUGUGGAAAAUAUUUGUUUUGCUAGUUGUAGUUUAUUUAAACUUCUUUUUUUUUGGUAAAAUUACAAGCGUAUCAUUGAAAUUUAGUUGCCUUAAUGUUAUUUCUACAUUUUUAAAUUAAUAGUACAAUAAUGUGUUAUAGAAAUACCUCAGCAAUCUGGAAAAUAGCAAUUAAAGUUGAAUACUAGGAAGUAAGCAAAAAACAGAUUCUGAGUCGACAAAGCAGAUGUUAUCAAACAAUGCAUUUUAUUUUUAAGCUACCCGUGGUUUCUUUUUAAUGAGACCCUGUUAACUCUCAUUUUGUAUGUAGUCUCAAAAGCUCAAUAGUUUGGUUUCUAAAUUUAUGAGUAGCUAAGAAGCAGCAAAGAGGUAGGGACCAUUUGAGGGGAGAUCAACUUUAAAAAGCAAGUACAAGAAAGCAAAAACAGCAGUCUGGGGCCUGCUGGUAAAGGGGCAGAUACCUUUGUACACAAUAGGCCUUGAAGAAAUUGUAUAUUAUGAAUCAGUUAAUUAAUCACUUAAAAAUUUUGUUCGUUCUCUACCCUCCUCAGGAAGAAUUUAAGAUAGCUUGCAAAAAUACAUCAGACAAGAAAGCAUAAAUUAAAGUAGCAUGAAAGGGAAGAAAAGGGUGGAAAAUGGUUCACAAGCUAUGCCAGCCCCACUCAUCUACAGUGAAACCUUUGAGAGCCGGAACUCGGCAGACUGCUUUGUUUUUCCAGGGAAGACCAGACCAUCUGUAAUUCAAGGUACAGUUGAAGUCCUAACCUCUUUAAUGCAAGAGCUGCAAAACAGUGGAAAGACUGAUCCGGAACUUUGGAAAACCUGUGAGACCAGGUGGUUACAGCUAUUCAGUUUGGUGGAAAAACAAUGCCAAGAGCAGAUAGUUGCCCAGCAGGAACAAUUCCACAACCAAAUUCAACGUAUACAAGAGGAGAUCAAAAACUUAGUGAAGUUACAGACCAGUAAUGCUUCCUGGGCUCCUUAUGAUAGUUCUUCAAGCAAACAAAUAUCUUCAGAAAGUCCAAUGGGUUUUUUUUAUGAAAACAGUGAGAGAAAUGAAUCUGUUCUCAGUUUACCGAAGUCUAAAGAACCUGAAAUGCAGCAAGAAUCAUCCCCAUCACAACCAGACUGCAAUGUGGAUAGCAGUUCAGUGAGCAGCGGAUAUGGCACCUUCUGCAUCUCAGAAUUAAAUGCCUGCAAAUCCAAAGACCCCAAAGAGUUCAUGGAAGACACAGAGGUUUCCAAAGAACAGUAUGUAGCACCUGUGGUGCAGACAGAUUCACUUCUAGGUGGUGUAAAAAAUAAGAGUUUUUAUAUACAGACUGCUGAAGAGUUUAGUGCAUCUUUAAAGGAUGAUAUUUCUGUUUUUCCUGGUGAAUUUGAACAUAAUUUUCUUGGAGAAAAUAAGAUUUCUGAAGUAUAUAGUGGAAAAACAAAUAGUAAAUCUAUAACAUCAUGGGCGCAAAAGCUGAAGCAGAACCAACCAAAGAGAGCACACAUAGAAGAGGGACGUUCAAAAUCUAUGCAAGGAAGUGAGCAAGCAAAGAAGUCGCUAAGCGAGAAACCUGAUUUCACAGCUGCUACACAAUCUCAUGCUUUUUACCUCAGUAAACCAGAUGAAAGUCCAGAUUCGUGGAUAUCUGAUUCAGGAACAGGACUAACUUACUGGAAGCUAGAGGAGAAGGACAUGUAUCACUCUUUGCCCGAGGCUUUAGAGAAGACGCUUGUGCCGUCCUCCUCCACGGAUAUGUCACCAAGCCAGUCUAAUACUAGUAAUGAGAUGAAGCUACCAUCACUGAAGGAUAUUUAUCAUAAAAAACAAAGGGAAAACAAGCAGUUACCUGAGAGGAAUCUCACUUUUGCUUCCACUCCAAAUCAUCCACCUGAGGUACUGACUCUCGAUCCAACGUUACACAGGAAGCCAAAUCAGCAGAUUUCAGGGAUUCAGCCACAUGACUUUGUGAAUAUACUUGAUGACAGAAUUUCCUUUUCACCAGAGUCUGUUCUAGAACCUAGUAUGUCUAGUCACUCUGACAUAGACUCAUUUUCACAAGCAAGUAAUAUCGCUUCUCAGUUAUCUGGAUUCCCAAAUUACCCUUCAAAUACGAAAACUUCCCCAGUGGACUGUUGGAAAAAUCACGCAUUCCAAAAUGAAAGUAGGAGCAGUUCCACGUUUCCUUCAGUGUAUACCGUCAGUAGCAACAAUAUCUCAGUCAACACCAUCGAUGAAGAAAACACUGUCAUGGUAACUCCAGCCUCAGUCAGUCAGUCCCAGCUUCCAGGUACAGCCAACAGUGUCCCAGAAUGCAUUUCAUUGACUUCCUUGGAAGAUCCUGUGAUAUUGUCUAAGGUUAGGCAGAACCUGAAAGAAAAGCACGCUCGACAUAUAGCGGACCUUCGGGCCUAUUAUGAAUCAGAAAUAAAUAGUUUGCAACAGAAACUGGAGGCAGAAGAAAUUUCCGCCGUUGAAGAGUGGAAGAAAACCAAUCGAAUUCUUGCAGACAGAUGUGGCCAGUUAGACAGUGCUCUGAAUGAAGCUACUAGUCGCGUGAGAACACUGGAAAAUAAGAAUAACUUACUGGAGACAGAAGUGAAUGAUUUAAAAGAACGCUUCAGUGCUGCCAGCAGUGCCUCCAAAAUUUUGCAGGAACGGAUUGAGGAAAUGAGAACAAGUAAUAAAGAAAAAGACAAUACCAUCAUUCGGCUAAAAUCUAGACUGCAGCAUUUAGAAGAAGCAUUUGAGAAUGCUUACAAACUCUCAGAUGAUAAAGAAGCUAGACUAAAGCAGGAAAACAAAAUGUUUCAAGAUCUUUUAGGAGAGUAUGAGUCCCUUGGAAAAGAACACGAAAGAGUAAAGGAUACAUUAAAUACAACCGAGAACAAAUUGCUUGAUGCACAUACUCAGAUUUCUGAUUUGAAAAGAACAAUUUCAAAACUGGAAGCUCAAGUCAAGCAAGUAGAGCAUGAAAAUAUGUUAAGUCUUCGUCACAAUUCAAAAACUCACACAAGACCCUCACGUGCCAACACCCUAGCAACUUCCGACGUCAGCAGGCGCAAGUGGCUGUUGCCAGGCGCCGAGUACUCCAUCUUCACUGGCCAGCCUCUGGACGUCCAGGAGAGUCGAGCGGGCAGCCAGCAGGAUACCUGCGCUCCUGGGUACCAUUCUCCUCCGGAAAAAGAUUCUCCAUGUGGAGAUUCACCAGCAAGCUUACUGAUAAAAAAACAGAGAGGGACUUCAGACACACCAAUCAUGAAAGCUUUCAAAGAACUUAAUGAGGAAAAAAUAUUUAAAAAUUGGGGCACACAGACAGAGAAAGAGGAUGCCUCAAAUAAAUUAUUGAAUCCUCAACAAACAGAAACUUCGGCCGGUGCUAGUCGAUCCCCAGAGAAAUGUGCCCAACAAAGACAAAAGCGAUUUAAUUCUGCCUCUCAGAGAUCAUCAUCUUUACCACCUUCAAACCGUAAAUCAAACACUCCAACAAAAAGAGAGAUUAUGUUAACACCAGUGACCGUGGCUUAUAGUCCAAAGCGAUCCCCUAAAGAAAAUUUGUCCCCAGGAUUUAGCCAUCUGCUUAGCAAAAAUGAAAGCAGUCCAGUUCGAUUUGAUAUACUUUUGGAUGAUUUAGAUGCCGUUCCUGUGUCUACGUUACAACGUACCAAUCCAAGAAAACAACUCCAGUUUCUUCCUGUAGAUGACUCGGAAGAAGAAAACUAUUCAGAAAAAGCCUCUGACAGCCAUGUUAAUCGUAACUCUUGCCCCGAACCACUGCCGAAUGGGGUGAAGAAAGUACCUGCGCGAUCAGCCUGGGAGAAGAAUAUAUCGAUUAGCUAUGAACAGUGUACACCUGGUUCAGGGACACCACAUGGCAAUGAUUUUGAAUAUACAGCAAAAAUUAGGACCUUGGCUGAAACAGAGCGAUUUUUUGAUGAGCUUACAAAAGAAAAAGACCAGAUUGAGGCAGCGCUAAGCCGAAUGCCUUCUACUGGUGGGCGAAUCACUUUGCAGACAAGAUUAAACCAGGAAGCCUUGGAAGAUCGUUUGGAAAGGAUUAACCGAGAACUGGGUUCAGUUCGCAUGACACUAAAGAAAUUUCAUGUUUUGCGCACCUCUGCAAAUCUUUGAGAUUUGUAGCCAUUAAAUUUUGAGAUGUUUUUGUUUGCACUAAUGUAUAAUUAUGCACUCAGAAAAGGCAAACUAUUUUGUACUGUUUAUAAGCCUUCAAACAGUAGUUUUACAAUCAUGCUAUUCUUUACACUUGCUAUUUUAUACUUCAGAUGGCCACAUAUUUUCAAGAUAUUUUUGUUAUGCUCAGGAACCUCUUGUAUAUUUUACUAUUUAAAAAGUGUUAUUUUUAAAUAGUACAUGUCUCCAGUUUAUAUCAAGAAUAAGGAAAUGUAAAUGGAGAAACAACUUGUUUCUAAACAAAUAGUGUUAUCCUUUUACAAGUAACUUUGCACACCGAUUUUAUAAACUUAUUCUACAUUGUAAAUAUGAUUUAGGUUUUUUAAAUAAGUGCUUAAGAACAAAGAGCUUCCGUAAUGAUAGACUAAUACUUGCUAAAUGCAAAAAAAAAAAAAAAAUUACAGUAUAUUCUGAAUUUCAGUUGUGUUGAGGUUUUUAAAUGAUGAUAUACACAUCCUGUUUGAAACAUACGUCUUGGAGUGAAUUUUAGAAUAAUAAUGGGAUAUUAGAAAACUACAUAAAUAUGAAUCAGUGUUUCCCUAAACUUUAUAAUUUGUAAGGAAAGAAAAAUGAGAGGGAUACAGGUCUCUGACUUUGUCAUAUACAUAGUACUUUUAAGAAAAAGUUAAACAUUUGGAUAGCUGUGUCUCCCUGCCCAUCGUUCUGAACGUAGAUUCUGUCCCACUCUUGACACUGAUCCCAUAAAGAUUUGGUGAAAUACAGACCACCAGCCAGGGUGGCUGUUUAGAGCAACCUUGGUUUCCUUAACGUACACGGCUUCAGCUGUCCGUCAGAGUCUUCAUCUAGACAGUUGUAACCCCUUUCCAUGCCCUCAACCGCUGCGGAAAAGAAAUUAAAAAUAAAUACUCCCAUAGUAGGCACCAUGAGAGCACUAGGUUUGGGAUCAGAGCAAAAUACUCUACUGCUAAUGGUCAUGGAAUGUGUCUGAACCAAGCCUGGUGCCUUUGCUGGGGCUGGUGGGCCCCCGCCCACCGAUUUGGUGACACCCCUGGCUCUGGGAAGUAGCCCAUGGGCAGGAGGCCUGGCAGGUGUGUUUUGACUGUCUGUCCAAUCCGAGCUGCUUAACCUGCCCACUUUUCAGUGGCCAGUCGGAACCCAGUGCCCACAUACUCAAGCUCUGAACAUGGUGAUAAACAGAAAAUUGAUGCCCACGUACAGUGCUCAGGUUUUCAAUUUUGGCUUGCUUUUGCGCUUUUCUCCUUCCUGUGCAGCUCUUAAUAACAUGUACUUAUAAUGAACCAAGCCCAACCCAGUUAUUCUAGCAGGGCAUAUUUUUAUAUGCCUUUGAGCAGGGAUCUCAAAUUGUUACCUUCACCAAAGCGUCACCUGGUGGAUCUCCAGGCCAGGUGCCCAUAUCCUCCGUAUAGUUUAGUGGCCAAACUCAGCACGCGGGCCUGCCUGAGCACUGCCCUGCCACUCUCGCUCCUAUCCAGGAAUUGAACUUUUGCUCCCAACUCCUGCAACCAGUUGAAGACAGGCCGAAUCAAAAGUAAUUACUCAUCGACACAGUCAAGUGCCUUUAUUCUUGAUAUUUUUAUUUUUUCUAGUCUCUUUUUUUUUUAAUCUCCUAGUUAUAGAAAAGAAAAAGUUCAUGUUAAUUAAGCUCCAGCAUGCUUGGGUCAGGCAGAGUAAAGGGAUUUAUCUUCCUGAUGACAUUCCUUUCUUUAAUGUUUUCCUAUAUGUGACAUUAAAAAUUGUCCUGAAAAUUAGGAUAUUUCAUUGUUCCCAGCUUUUAUUAUAAAGUCUAUUACAUUCUUAAUAAGGAAAUUGCCAUUUCAGAAGAGAUUAUAGUUUUAUCUUGUUAAGUAGUUAUCUUCUUAGGAGCCUAUAUUGGCUUAUUCAAAGAAAGGUAUUAUGCCCCAUCAAAAUAUCUGUUGCGCCUCUCUCUUGGAGAGCAUACGCUUUAAUUUUUGAAGUGUGUAAUAGAUUGGAAGUAUCAGUCACUUAUAAAAAUAAAUUGUAUUCUUAUUUUCUUCAUAGCCGUGAAGGGGAAACCGAGGAAAAUUCUCUCAGCUCUUUCCCUUUGGUAAUGCUUAACUUGUGAACACCAUACUUAAAAACAACUCAACCUAAAAGUAGGAAAGGUGGCAUCUUAAACAGCAGCUCUUACCCCAGGGAGGUAAGCUGUAUUGUGGACCCACAGGGGGCUGUGCUGCAGUUAGUGAAAAGCCCAGUGAAUUUCCGCUCUGGGAAGUGCCUUUUCCAGUGUAAAGAGAAAGAACUCUCUCCUUCCACCUGGAUGUACCCCCUUCCUCUCCCUUACAAAGCCUCUGUUUACGGGAGCCCGUACUGGGGUGGGGCACCGUGCUCCUGGAGUCCCAAGUCAAAAGUUAACGAUAAACUCUCCAGUUGAAGCCACAAUAGAUGAAGCUGAGGUGGCAGUAUGAGAACUGGAGAAGUGCACAGCAGCUGGGCGUGGACGGGAGCUCAGGGAGGCGGAGGAGGUGCCUGUGUCACACCUGGCUCUGGCCACCUCCGGCCUCCCUCUCCUAUGGGACCUGGCUCUUAUUAACAAGUGUUCAAUAAAUGGUACCUUUCAGAUUCAUUCCGAGGUACAUAGACUUUUGAGGUAACAAUACUGAAUUUUUUUAAACAGAAAAGUAGAUUGUGUUCUAAGCAAUCUGACCUAAGAAAUACCUUGUGUCUUGAUACUUCUGUUAGAUGGUCCAAUAGAUGUUCUCCUCAUAUCUUUGCAAAAAACACAUGCUUUCUUGGAGUUUAAAAGAGUUCCACCCUGGUGUGGGCUUUUUUUUGUUUAUUUUGAUAACUUGUUGAGUGUAAGUUCAAAAAGCACUUUGAUCUUAAAAUUGGUAGGUUGGAGGCUAGUUGAUAGAAAUGUAAGCUAUAUUCCUAAAAAUUAAUUGCCAAUGUGAUCAAAACAAUCGCUCCUUCAUAUGUUCCAUAAUUACACACCUAAAGGUGACGGCACAUGAAACAGGACUCCUCAGGGGAGGUGCUGCCCCUGGGCAUUACAAGAGGUAUGUGAAAAUUAUGACAUUGUUUUUAGAAUUUGAUAACCAGCCAAAAAAGUGUUCCCCUUUUUAGCCCAGAAAAGUCAGGUGCUUUGUUGAAUGCUGUUUGAAUUCUGAAUCCUGCACCUGUAUACAUGUAGUAAAGGUUGACCUUGUCAUUUUCAUCUUGAGAGAUCUUAAAAGCAGUUUUCAGUAAAUUUUACUGUGCCACUUGUGCUGAAAGUCUUUAAGAAGCUUUAAGAAAUAAAUGCAUACCUAGAGCCCUUGAGUAACCCCAGAGGUAAAUCACGUUUACUGGUCGUGAGUGAGUGUCUAUGAGAUUUUCAGGUCUGAUUAAACUGAUUAUAUUGCACAAAUUUUGCUAGAAAUAAUUUCCUGCCCUGCUACUGUUCUGUGGCAGUUUGAUAAUAUAUUAAAAAGCAUACCAGUAUUCUUAGGACCUGUGUUACAAAGCUUUUUCCCUUCCGAUUUGUGUUUUAUUUCAGUAGACUUUCGAUUACGAGGAUUCAAGCCAUAAAUUUGCAUUUGCUGAGCUAUAUACUGUGCCAUCACUAUUACUACAGAUCUUCAAAGAUAAUGGUUUUAUUCAUAUUUUGCAAUUUCACUGCAACAGUGACCAAUAAUGUGAAAAACGUGCUUCAGGUAGUGCUGCUGAUGGUUAGACAAAGACAAGUACUGCGGUUUUUCAGUCUAGUCAAAUAUUGGAGUGAUAGAAUUGUAAGCUCCGUGAGAGCAGGGACCACGUCUUUUUCAUUCUUGCACGUAGGCAUUCAAUAAAUAUUUGUGAACAUGAACUGUCUUGUGAUGUUACUGUAUUUAUUUUAACUGACUCACUGUGAGAUCUGAUUUUUUAAUGGCAUCUUUAAGUCCUAGGCAUAUGUAAGUUCUCUGUUGUUACUUGGUUUGAGUGAAAUCAUUGCAGGGUUACAGUAGUUUCCGACUGGCUUAUAGACCAAAGAACCUCCUUCUAGAGCCCUGUGUGUGCUUCAGACAUCUUGAUUAAUAGAUCUUCAGGUACCGCUUGGCAGAGGGAAGGAAUUGAGGGUUUAGUGGUUGAUGAGACACCUUCAUUUGCCUCCGUGUGAUCAUCAUACGACAGAUAUUUUUGAGGCAAGUCGUAUAAUGGUGGCUUUCAUAGCCCAUGCAGUUUCCAGUUCUGACAGAAAUGCUGACGUGCACAGUCUUUUGUGGUUUUUCCAUCCAUGACUUUAUCCGAACUCACCUUGACUGCUUUAAUUUUAGUUUGCACUUGCCCCUCCUUCCAGGGUAAAAGCACUUCAUGUGUUCUCUCAACCAUAUAAGAUAAUGCUUCUGACAGGUAAACUACCUCUGCGUUUUAGGCGCGUCCCGUUUAGUUCCAUUAGUUCAGAUUUUGGCAAACAAGCCCAUCCACGUCCAAUAAAUAGACACCUC